UAAGUCGAACAAACCUCCAUGUGAUGCAGUAUAUGCGCAGUGACGCGCUAAGUAUCAUUACGUAGUGUGAACGGACGGAUGGACUUAGAGAAUCGAAGUUGUGACUUCGGUAAUCAUCGCAACAUCCUCAGUCAUCAGGUUAACUUCCUCGAUAUAAUUCUUUCCUCUUCAGAUUUUAGUUAGUGUGACAAGAAUUGUACAACUAUUUGCAUUUACUUUUUUCCCCUUAAUUUUAUAAUUAAAUGCUCGAUAUGGAGAAAACUAAGUAUAACGGAGGAGAGAAAGAAGUAAAGAAAAGAAAUUUCACGAUAUGGACUAGAAGAAGUCUAUUGGAGAAGAUCCUGUUAGUAGCUGUAGCAGCAUUGUUCUUAAUUCUCAUUAUCAUAAUAAUUGUCAGUCUUCAUUCAUUAUUAGAUAACAGAAAUAAAACACCAAAAGUCUGUACGAGUCAAGCGUGCAUAAAGCAAACCGCUUUUCUAUACGAUAACCUCGAUUUAACGUCUAAACCCUGUCAAGAUUUUUAUCAAUUUGCUUGUGGUUCGUACAAAAAUCAUCACAGUCUACGAGACGAGAAUAGUCUUCAUAAUUCCUUGGAUGAUAUUCAGGAUGGCAUUUUUCUUUCUAUAAAAAAUCUACUUGAAACUCCCGAAGAGACUGAAGAUCCUAAUUUGAAACUAGCGAAGAAAUUUUAUUAUUCCUGUAUCAAUAAAAGAUUCGAUAGUACACGUGAUGAAGUAGUAAAGUUAAUUAGAAAUUCGGGUUUGGGUGAUUGGCCCAUAUCCGAUCCUGGAAGAAAUCCGAAUUUUAAUGUAAAAUUAGGUGUUCUAUCAGCUCACGGAAGGAAUCCGUUCUUUGAAACGACAAUCGGAAACCAAUCCUCAGAAAUUGUAAUAUCUCUAUACCCUUCGGAUGAAAAGAUGACUCAGUUGAAAGAAGAUUAUUAUUUUAAUUCAUCCAUAACUAAUCCAUCAUUGCAAAUGGACGAGAAGAGCAUCUAUCACAAAUUCAUAUUCAACUCCUUGGUGCAGAUGGGUGUUCAGCCCGAUGCUGCUAGAAAAGAUGCUGCGGAUCUCAUAGAUUUCGAAACUAGUUUGGCUAAUAUCACUAAACAAGUUCUCGAUUCUACUAAAGAAGAUAUAACUUUAAGCAAGAUGGAAGAAGAAUUUCCUGGAUUAAGUUGGCAAAAUUGGUUUCAAACUACUUUUGGAUAUAAAAUCAAUAUCAAAGAAGAUGGUGAGAAGGUAGUAUUCAAAGUUCUUCAGCCACAACGAUUGAAGCGCAUUUUUCAACUGAUAAAAAGCGUAAAAGAGAGCGUGGUAGACAAUUACAUGAUGUGGAGAUUCGUUGUGGAUCUGCUGCCACUUCUAGAUACGGGUUUCAGAAGAUCGUACAAAACUAUGCUACCAAUUGUCAAAGAUGAUUCAAACUUUAUGUAUAGAAAGAGAGAAUAUUUCUUCGACGAAUGGAAACAAUGCGUACACAUAACUAGUGAAGUCUUUCGACUGCCAAUUACCUUGGCCAUUGCUAGCAAUAGCAUUCGUCCAGCUAUGAAAACUGAGGUAGAAGAUUUAGCAGGACACUUGAAAGAGGUCUUCAAACAAAUGGUGACGUCUCAAAAUUGGCUAGACAAAGAUUCGAAAAUGUUCUUGAGAAGUAAGAUGGAGAACAUGAACAUUGAAAUUGUCAACAACAAAACCAUGCAAGAUCCCAUUUUCACAUUUAUUAUGAAACAGCUAGAAAUAGAAGACGACACUUUUGUCAAUGCUCUGCUUCAAGUGGAAAGAGCCUUCUUUAAACUAACUGCCACCCCUUCUCACGUCAAACGAUCUAAACCUCCGAGUGUAUUUAUCAAGUAUCCACCUCUAUCGCCGACCAUAGCUUACAGCAUCCCUAUUAAUACAUUAGUUUUAUCCGUGGGGAUGUUGCUGACUGACAUCAAUUAUUCGGAGUCACCCAAAUCCUUAAUAUACGGAGGACUAGGAUCAAAUUUAGCGAAAAAUAUGUAUGCUGCAUAUCACGAACAUCUUUACCAAGAAUCAAAGGAAAUUUCUGACGAAGAUGUGAUCUCUAAAAGGGACGAAUAUAGAUAUAAAGAGAAAAUGAAUUGCUUUAGAGCUCAACAACUUAUGUAUUCUACGUAUUUUAAUGUAGAGAAGAAUCCAAAUAAAAUGGCGACAACGUUGAAAGAGGUGAUAUCGUACACAGUCGGAUUGAAAGCUGCUUAUUACGCUUAUAUGAAUUAUAUCAAAAAACACGAACAGAAAGAUGCGAUUCUUCCAGAAAUAUACUCGAAUUUAACUCAUGAGCAGUUACUUUUUGUGAGAUUUGCACAAACGAUGUGCGAAAUUCAAGACAAGAAAAAUCCCAGACAAAAUACCGUUAUGUUAAAUGAAAUUCUAUACAACAUCGAAGAGUUUUCCAGAGCUUUUAAAUGUCCUUCUGAAAGUACAAUGAAUCCUAAUGAUAAAUGUGCCAUUUGGGAGUGAAGGAGAAGAAGAGAAGAAAAACUUAAAUAAUUUUAAUUGUACAAUUUUUAAUAAAUUUAAAAAAAAAAUUAAAGUACUAAAUUUUGAUUUUUACGACGAGUGCAUUUAUUAAAAGAA